CCCUGGUCUUUGCAAAGUUUAUUGGCGUAUGACUACGUGGUGUGAAAUAGGCUAGUGACAUUUUUUGUACAUUCGGUGUUUCAUUUUGAGAAAUGCGAAAUCUUCUAUUUGUAGCAGUAAACAUACUUUUACAGUAACCUAGCAAAUGCCGUCCUGAUUACUGUUCAGUUCGCAGAGGCACUGUUUACUUUAACCAUUGAUACGAGGCCUYGUAUAGGCUGUUCGAUAGAUCCUGGCUUCAUGUAAACAAACAUGUAUAACAUCUUCAACUUCGGUAACAAAUAGGCUCGAGUAGCCUACGUUUAAGAACAGUUACCACUAGGAUAUUAGGCUAUUCCAAGUCCAACCAGUAGRAUUUUACAAUGUGAAUGUGAGACAAAGUUGAGGCGAGUCGUGAAAUGGAUUCUUUGAAACACUGUAACCGAGUUUGCUACAGUGUGGUAAUUCCCGUAUGGUUAAUAUUUGGCGGCAGCGGCGGCGUUUGAUUGUCUGGAAGGAAUGCAUGAGSCUAUUGUAACGAUUAAUGAGUUACCCGAAGGAGCAGUCAAGUCCCCCUCCAACAAGUACCAAGUGUUCUUCUUUGGGACACAUGAGACUGCAUUCCUGGGUCCCAAGGACUUGUUCCCCUAUGAGGAGGGCAAGGAGAAGUUUGGCAAGCCCACCAAGAGGAAAGGCUUCAGUGAGGGUCUAUGGGAAAUUGAGAACAACCCUACUGUGAUACACGAACCCGCAGGUUAUGAGCUGGCAAAGGAGACCCCAGCAGAGGGGGCGGUGGAGGCAGGUGGGCCGCGAAAGGGUAAUGCAGAAGGAAGCAGUGAUGAGGACGAAGGGACCCUCAUCAUCGAUGAGAAGACCGACAGGGGAGGGGCCAAGAGGAAAGCUGGGGAUUCCGUCGAGAGCUCUCCUAAACGACCUAAGGACACAGAGAGCAAAGGUGACUCGAAGGUGGAUAGCAAGAAGUCUGACACCGAGCUGAAGCUCAAUGACAAGGCAGGGCCUAAGCCCACAGCGCUGUCUUCUGCGGGUGAACCAAAGCCAGAGAGCCAAGCAAAACCARCGACCGAGGCCCAAUUAACAUCAGAGAAGCCUGUGACUGACAGUGCUUAACGUCAAUCCUCCGAGGAUGACCAAGGACCCGUGGUUCUUUUCCAUGGAAUUUUGGGCAUCAACAUAAUUAGCUAAUCUUUGAGUGCUAGGUUUCUGCUGUUAUUAAGUAACUGGAAAGUGUUAAGACCUAUAUAGAAAUUGUACAGGCAAAACAAACUUACUUGCCAGUUGGGGGUAUUGAAUAUCCCAGGAUUUAAAUUGUUGUCAAACCAYUAGUGAGGAGAAAUGCAAUGCUCAAGAGGAAAUGGGUUUCGGAUGUAUACAGUUUUUUUUAUUUUUAAGUGCAAUUAUGAAGUCUAGCUGCUAGGUGUCAAAAUGCAUUACAGUUUAGAGAGUACACAUGCGUACACAGGUUUCUUAACAAUCUGAACAUAAGCAAACAAAAACACAAUGUUGGGGGAAAUCUUUUGAACAUCACAUUCAUAAUGCUUUUCCAUUUGACAUCAAAAUCCUGCUUAUCCUGUUUAAAUACGUUUUUAGUUUUGUGGUUCGUUGGUUUGAGAAUAUUAGAUAGCUUUUAUCUAUGACGUUGUGCUUUAUAAAAAGAACACAUCUUUAUGUUCUUGGCUUUAAGGUGUGUACAGUGCAUUCGGAAAGUAUUCAGACCCCUCCACAUUUUCGUUACGUUAUAGCCUUAUUCUAAAAUAG